UCUGGAGACACCCGCGCGCUACCUGUCUCUCAUCGGAUAAAGGACAAGCAUGAGUUCUAGAUUCGUGACGUCAGACCUAGCAUGGCAGCCCUUCCUGCACCACCCCUCCUUCAGACUCGGUCCGGAAGCGAUGAACGCCACUGACUAUCCCGAAGAUGAGGUGGGUUCGGAGUGGAGCGCCAUGUACCCUGACAUCAACCCGGACAACGACAGCAACUCCCUGGUCAACAACUUCAACGAUGACGCCUUCAAGAUCGCCAUAGGGUUCCUGCUGACCCUCAUCAUGCUGGUGUGCGGGGUGGGCAACUUCCUCCUCAUGGUGGUCAUCGCACGGUACAAGCAGAUGCGCACGGUCACCAAUCUGCUCAUAGCUAACCUGUCACUGUCUGACUUCCUGGUGGCCCUUCUGUGCGUCCCGUUCAUCAUGGACUAUUAUGUGGUGAGGGUGGCCCACUCCUGGAAGUACGGAGACAACACCUGCAUGGUGGUCAACUACGUCCGCACCGCCUCACUAUACGUCUCCACCAACGCUCUACUGGUCAUCGCCCUCGACAGGUUAGAAAGAAACGAUUCACAUCCUAAUCCCUCCCCCUUCCUUUCCGUCAUUCAUACACACACAUACACACAUACACACACACACACACACACACACACACACACACACACACACACACACACACACACACACACACACACACACACACACACACACUGUCACAAUCACUGCUUCAUCCACCCAGUCACUCACUCCUUCACUCAAUCAGUCGCUCAGUCAGUCACUCCUUCAGUCAGUCAGUCAGUCACUCCUUCUCUCAGGCGCAAGGAAUCCAACAGCGGAAGGAAACCACAGAUUGUUAUCAACUUUGUGUCCUACAUCACCCGUAAUAAAAUCUUCACGGCCAAGUCUAAACUGAAGGGAUCGGGCACGUACAUCACCGAGCUCCUUACACGCGAGAAUGCCCAGUUACUCCGAGAGACACGGGCGAAGCUAGGGACGGCCUGGUCCUUCGACGGCCGGAUCUUCUGCCUCGUCGACGGUGUGAAGAAGAAGAUUAGCUGUCUUGAGGACCUAAACUCCAUCACCUCAACUUCCUCAGCAGGCGAGACAUAA